UCGAACAGAUUCACAUCGGCCGCUCAAGCGUUCAGUUGAGCUCGGGAUUGCAAACGCGCCGGAACAUAGUUUAAGUAGCGACACGCGACCAAGGGGAAGAGCUACGCAUAGAUUCGAUUAUCCGUCGCGAAUUUAAAUCACAGCCACUUGUUAAAUUUAAGUCCAAGUGCCUGCACUAUGUGCCCAAUGAAUUUGUGCCUAAUAUCGCUGUUGCUCAUAUUGCCCCUCAUGAGAGGCGAGCUCAAUUUCAACAAUGAUCUUGAGAAUCAUCAAAAGUUUAAAAGCGUUCCAACUACCAUAAAAACCUACGAAAAUGACACCGUGCUAUUGCCCUGCCAAUUGGAUACUCCGUUUCACUAUGUGCGCUGGCACAGGGAUGAUGUGCCUUUGGUGGACUCGCGUCAUCCGGAGAUUCCGCCACCGGAACGUGUGGUUUUGUGGGCCAACGGCAGCCUGCAGGUGUCAAAUUUAAAAUCGGAAGACACCGGCGACUAUUACUGUGAGAUUAUGUCAAACAGCAAUCACGCCGUCCAGGUGCAUGCAAUUGAGGUGCAAUACGAGCCCAGCGUUGUCACGGAGCCAAGCGGAGUCCUGGAGCUGCCCAUUGGCGCCACCUUUGAGGUGGUCUGCAUGGCCAUGGGCGUGCCCCAGCCGGCGAUCAGCUGGCGUCUGAACGGCAACACGCUGGACCAAUACAGCAAUGCGGGCAAUCGACAGAGCCACAUCUUUGAGAUUAAGUCGCGUAGCAUGGCGGGCCUGAUCGAGUGCCUGGCCGCUAACGGGGUUGGUCAGCCGGCGGUGGCGGGAGUUCAACUGCGUGUGCUCUUUGCUCCGGAGCCAACGCUGCCGCAUCCUGUGGUGUACACCAAAGUCGGAGAUCGGGCACAACUGGAGUGCAUUGUGGAGGCGGCGCCAGCUGCGACGCUACAAUGGUUCCAUUACGGUGUGCCCGUUCAAAUGGGCGCACACAUCAACAGCCAGGAGACGGAAUUGGCCGGCAGCCAUGCCCUGGAUAGCUAUGUCAGCCUGGUCAAGCAUGUGCUGACCAUCAAGAAGGUGCGCGACGCCGACAUGGGACAGUACGAGUGUCGGGCGAGCAACUCGAUUGGCUUUAGGAGCGCCACCGUUGAGCUGACUGGACGUCCAAUGCCCUGCGUGUUCAAGAUCAAUCCCGGCACCCAGAGCUCCACGUCGCAUGUGCUGGUCUGGCAGACGGAGAGCAUGCUGCCCAUAAUGGAGUUUAAGCUGAGAUUCCGACAGAUUCCGUCAGCAAAUAUCACAAGGCCAGUGAAAACCAACUGGACAGAACUGACAAUUCCAGCACAAGUGACCAUUGGUCCUAUUUACAUAACAUCAUACACACUGCAUGGCCUGCAGCCUGCCAGUCUCUUUGAGGUCUCGGUUCUGGCAAGGAACAGCUUUGGCUGGAGCGAUAACAGUAAGACCGUGCGAUUCGCAACUGGCGGCGAGGUUGAGCUGCCCAACUAUUCAACGGAAUCGGAGCUGCAAUAUGAUGCCACGGAAGAGAUCUUUGAGAAUGAGAUUACGCAGAGAUCACAUAUUUUCACCGCCAGCAUGACACAUAACCGCGCAACAAACUGUGUUUAUAAUACCCUGGUAUAUCUAACGAUAUUUAUGCAAAUUUGCCUCGCUAUGCGAUAUACAUAACUAAAGUUAAUAUAAAUAUAUUUGUACUGAAUGCAAGGUUCCAAUAAAAUAAAGAA